CGCUACGGCAGUAGUAAUAGUAGCAAGUAGUAGGCCACGCGACUAGCGCGCCUUAACAGGUGACAAUCGCCGACAGUCGACAUCGUCUUUGUUGUUGUUACGACAGCCCGACACAGAAAAAACAGCGGGCACACGACCGACCCGACCAUACGAUUUUUUCCUGUUAGUUCUCGCCGGAUCAGUGUCCAAUUUACUGUAGUUUUUGUGGUGAAGUGCGUGUUUUUUUAAUUAAUACAUUCUUAGUGGGGUAUGUUUCUGUUGGUUCAGUUCACAUGUUCGAUGUAAUGUCGCCCUAUAGCCGAUACAGGCCCUUGUCGCCAGGCACGGAUUCCGCUGGUGGUGGUGGAUUGGCGGCGGUGUUGCAACAGGGUUCGCCACCCUCGCCCACAGCCUGUAGAAAUGCGGCAAACGCGCAGAGCGCCUGUCGCUUCCUGAGAUGGAUUUCGAAGUUGAGUCCUCAGCCGGUCAACAAACAAGGAUUAGGGGUCUUGGACAUGACCGCGACGGAGAACACGAUCCCGUUUCAGCGUCCACACCCUGGACAAAAGCCACCAAGGCCAAAGGUCACCCUAGAAAACUACUACAGUAAUCUCAUAGCGCAGCAUGUCGAGAGAGCGGAAACAAAAGGUAAGCUGGCCAAGCUGGAGGAAUCCCUCAAGGACGAGAGCCUCUCCGAGGAACAGAGACACGAGAAACGACUGCAGCACGCCCAGAAGGAGACGGAGUUCCUGCGCCUGAAGCGGUCCAGGCUGGGGGUGGAGGACUUCGAGCCGCUCAAGGUGAUCGGGAGGGGGGCGUUCGGGGAGGUGCGGCUGGUGCAGAAGAAGGACACAGGCCACGUGUACGCGAUGAAGAUCCUGCGCAAGGCGGACAUGCUGGAGAAGGAACAGGUGGCGCACGUGCGGGCGGAGCGGGAUAUUUUAGUCGAAGCGGAUCACCAGUGGGUGGUCAAAAUGUACUAUAGUUUUCAAGAUCCAAUCAACCUAUACCUAAUCAUGGAGUUCCUGCCGGGCGGCGACAUGAUGACGCUGCUCAUGAAAAAAGACACGCUCUCGGAAGAGUGCACGCAGUUCUACAUCGCGGAAACGGCGCUGGCCAUCGACUCCAUCCACAAGUUGGGCUUCAUCCAUCGAGACAUCAAGCCCGACAACCUCCUACUGGACGCCAAAGGCCACCUCAAACUGUCCGACUUCGGACUGUGCACCGGGCUGAAGAAAUCGCACCGGACGGACUUUUACAGGGAUCUUAGUCAAGCCAAACCUUCCGAUUUUAUUAUCACCUCAUCACCUAUGGACUCGAAGCGACGAGCGGAGAGUUGGAAGAAGAACCGGCGCGCACUCGCUUACAGCACAGUAGGAACCCCCGACUACAUAGCGCCAGAAGUUUUCUUACAGACCGGUUACGGACCGGCCUGCGACUGGUGGUCGCUGGGAGUCAUUAUGUACGAAAUGUUAAUAGGAUACCCUCCUUUCUGUUCUGAAAAUCCGCAGGACACAUAUCGCAAAGUGAUGAACUGGAGGGAAACACUGGUAUUCCCCGCGGAGGUGCCCAUCUCCGAGGAAGCCAAGGAUACGAUAGUCAAAUAUUGCUGUGAAGCGGAGAGGCGACUAGGAUCUCAAAAGGGUCUGGAAGACCUGAAACUGAUCCCGUUCUUCCGAGGGGUGGAUUGGGAACAUAUCCGGGAGAGGCCGGCAGCUAUUCCCGUAGAAGUUCGAUCGAUAGAUGAUACGUCCAACUUUGACGACUUCCCCGAUGUCAAGCUAGAAAUUCCUGCGGCACCCAUGCCACAAGACGGCGAGAUCAACUACAAAGACUGGGUGUUCAUCAAUUACAUCGCUCAAAAGAUUCAAGGAUUGACGCAAAGGGGCACCCCCAAGAAGAACUAAUUUCAACCACCAA